AUAUAUACGGAAACCCAUUCCCAUCUUCUGCCUCAUCAUCUUCUCUCACUUUCACCUAAAUACACAUUAAAAUCAGAGGCUUUACACUUACAUAAAUCUUUCUUGUGAAACCCAAGUUUAUUCCAUUUGGUGAUUCCACUUAGAUCCCUUUAUUCUCAUAUGUUGUUUGGAUCUCUCUAUGCUGCGACAAAAUUGAAGCUUUCUCCCCCUCAUAUAGUCUCUUGUCUGGUCCCCAACCUAUUCCAAACUUCACUCAAAUUCCAUGUUUUGAGUCAGAGGAAAAAGGUGAAAAGAAAAAAGUGCAAAAUAGUAUUAAGAACUAAUUAAGGAUGAUGAUCAACACCCAUAAUAACAGUGAUAUUUCGGAGAAAAUGCAGAGAUGUCAGGAUUAUAUCCACGCCUUAGAGGAAGAACGUCGCAAGAUUCAAGUUUUCCAACGUGAACUCCCUCUUUGCCUAGAGCUUGUUACACAAGCAAUUGAGACAUGCAAACAGCAGUUAUCAGGGACAACAACCGAGUGCAAUUUACAUGGGCAAUCUGAAUGUUCUGAGCAGACAUCAACCCCAGUUUUCGAGGAGUUUAUCCCCAUAAAAAGGGCUUCAUCUCAUUCGGAUGGUGAAGAACAAGAGUCCAAGAAGCCAAAAAAUGAGAGUAAUGCUGGCAAUAAAGAUGGGAAGAAUGGUAAUGACAAGAAUUCCAAGAAAUCAGACUGGCUUAGAUCUGUGCAGCUCUGGAAUCAAACCCCAGAUCCACCUUCUAAAGAGGAUUCACCUAGAAAAGUUGCUGUCGUGGAGGUGAAGAGAAAUGGCGGUAGUGGUGCAUUUCAUCCCUUUAAGAAAGAGAAAAGUACUGCUGGCGAUGAUGGAACCGCAACCCCUCCUCCACAAGGGUCCAUGAAUAGGCCAUUGCCGCCGGCAUCCACCAGCUCCACGGCGGAGACUGGUGGCGGCAGUGGUGGUGGAAACAAGAAGGAAGGCAAGGAGGGGCAAUCUCAAAGAAAGGCAAGGAGAUGUUGGUCGCCUGAGUUGCACAGGAGAUUCUUGCAAGCCCUUCAACAACUUGGCGGUUCACACGUUGCUACGCCUAAGCAAAUUAGGGAGUUGAUGAAGGUUGAUGGGCUCACAAAUGAUGAGGUUAAAAGUCAUUUACAGAAAUAUCGUCUGCACACGAGAAGACCGAACCCCUCAAUUCACAACAACAAUAACAACAAUGCACAAACACCUCAAUUUGUGGUGGUGGGAGGGAUAUGGGUGCCACCAGAGUAUGCCGCAAUGGCUACAACCACCACAUCCGGGGAGGCAGCCGGUGCUGCUGCCUCCAAAGGAAUCUACACCCCAAUUGCUGCACCACCACCACCCUUCCAAGAAUCACCAGCAUCUUCUAAACAAAGACAACAUAAGACAUGCUCCCAUUCUGAUGACAGAGGCAGCAACAGUACUGAAGGCGGCGUUCAGUCGUGCACCCGAUCCACCUCCUCCUCCUCCACACAUACGGCCACAGCCUGACCAGCUUACUCAUUUCUCCUUAGUGAGAAAUUGUAGAUUUGCAAACAAUGUAAUAAUACUCGGAGUAAACAUAGAGGAAAAUAGAGUAGAUUUUCAGGCCCUUUUUGUUUGUUUUUUGGUGUUACUAUACAUACCUGUUCAUUUUGUAUGUUAAAGGCCGUAGGCAUGCAUUUGAUAACGACAGUCAACUUGGUUAACAAUGACGGAUGGAGAUUCCCAGUGUGGUGAACAUCAUAAUAAGAAUUACUUAUUUCACAAGUAA